AUGGGCCACAAGCGGAGAAAUUUAAGACAUGCUUCUCCGCCCCGCCCGGCGCGACCCGCACCCCCCACCCCGCCAAGCAACGCCUUCCGCCUGCUUCCCAGGGCAGGAUCCCCAACACCAGACUCCUACCUUGCGCGGGUCCGGAAGCAAAGAGCCCACUCGAGGUCGAGUCGCGAGCCACGCAAACCCUGGUCUCCGCCCGAAGCCCGGGAUCGCGAGACGCCACUCCCGGAGCCAAAUUCAAACUGCCCGCCGGGACCCGGGGCCGCGCAGGCGCACUUAGGCGCUCUCGGAACGCUGGCUGAGACCGCAAUCGGUGCCGCGUCAUCCGGGGCCACAGCUGGGCGGGCCCGGGGGCACGACUGGGGCGGGGAAAAGGCGAGGCUUGGUCGGCUUUGUUGCAAGAAAGCUGCGAGGUCCGGCGCUCUUCCUACGCCAUGCCGUCACGGGUCAAGUCAGUCGCCCAAUCCUGAUCGUCGCCCAGCCAGGAGUCAAAUGCUCCGGGGAUCAAAUGGCGAGCUACAACGGUUAAAGAGGCUCUCACCCUGCCUCUCAUGGCGAAGAGAAAGGAGUAAUGAAAACAAGUAAUGAAGACUGCGCAGGCUCAGCUCCUCCUCCCCAGAAAAAAGUCACCACUUCCUGCGUCCUUGGUUCCCAUGGUGACUGGGCGCCUUCCCUCUACCUCUGGCAGAAUACGCACACCGGGGUCAAACAGAACCUCCUGCCCCAGAAGUGGGUCACUCGGCUCUGCCCGUCGCUUCCAUCGAGGGAUUCCCCGCUUCACAGCGGAUACGGGCAGCAGACAGCGAGGGGCAAAGUGACCACUCCCUCCCUACGUGGUGAUCAUAGUAAGUGCAG